AUCUAAGCCGGUGCUUUUUCUUCUUCGAUCUAUCCUUAGUCUGUCUGUUUCUUUAGUCCAAUGAGUGCAAUUCCAUCAUUGGCGAGUGAUGCCGCUUCGUCGACUGCUUCGGGGGUUCCAGUUAAACCGUGGGCAGAUCUGUUCGUCAUCUCUGAAGCAAAUAGGCUUUGCUAUAUGAAGUGGGAGGUUUAUAAGGGAGGGGUCAGGGUGCCGAAGGAAGUCAGUGAGGAUGGUGCGGCUUGGUGGAAAUUCAGUCUCGUAGGGCAAUUUCUUCAUCCUUUCCUGGCACUCUCGGAACUACGAAGGUGGGCGAAUCGGAUGUGGGGUCAGGAUGGUCCGGUGCGCGUUUCUCACCUCACCUUGGGGAUCAACUGCUUCUUAUUCAACUUCCGUCUUAGGCCACUUGCGACUGGAUUUUGGAGAGUGGCCCCUGGUUCUACCAUGAUAAUUUGUUGUAUCUUUGCCCUUGGAUACCUGGGAUUGAUGUUGAAGAUUUGGGUUGUAAAGCUCUGCCGAUCUGGGUAAGAUUCUCGAACCUUCCCCUUGAGUAUGUGAACUUUAGGGGAUUGAGUAAGACUGCUAGUUGGCUGGGAAUUCCUCUGGUUGUUGAUCAAACCACUAGGGUGGGUGGACGGCUGGGUUUUUCUAAGAUUCUUGUUGAGCUUCAAGUUGACGGUGAAUUCCCCGACCAUGUACUGAUCUGGCCAACUUACGAUUACUCAAUUCAGGUAGGGGUGAUAUAUAGUCAUCUUCCUCCGGUUUUUCAGACGUGCAAGACAUUUGGACUUGAUUGUGGUUGCAUAAGGGAGGGUAAGGUAUGGGUUCCAAAGGUUGUGGUUUCUGAUCCGGUUGAGUUGAUUACGCCAACAAAGACUAUCUUAGCUAAAGGCAAGGAAAUUGUGGUGAAUGAGACUAAGGUUUCUAAUUGUCGGACUACUGAUGUGUUGAUUGCUACUAAUAGUGUUGAGGUGCCUACAACAAGUGCCAUGAAUUGUACUCAGGGUGUAAAUCUAGAGUCAUCCUUUCAACUGGUUUCUGACUCUAUGUCAACCAGAAUUCCAUCGGAUUUGGAAUUUCAAAAGGUUGUAGAUGGGGCCAAACUAGGAUGGUCUCCCUUGAAUAGUCCUACAAGUGUUCUUUCUACUUCACAAUCUUUUGUUGCGUUGGAAGGUCUGUCUGAGGACAGGGUAGCUCAAUUCCAAGGUGCUCCUAAAAAAGGUGGGAAGAAAUCGGGGCUACAACUGCCCUCUUCUCCCCCAUGAUUAUGCUCUUCUGGAAUGUUAGAGGGUUUAACAAACCCUCUAAGAGGAAGGACCUAUUCUCGGUUCUUCGUAAAUAUAGAGUAGACGUGGUGGCUGUUAUUGAGACAAGGGUUAGGAAAAUAAAAGCUGAGGAGGUAGUGUCUGAUUUUUGUUAGGACUGGAAUAAACAUCUGAAUUAUGUGGACUCUGAGUUAGGGCGAGUAUGGUUGUUCUGGGAUCCAGAAGUGGUGGAUGUAAGAAUUUUGCUCCCCAAGAAGAACUUUGUACAUUGCUUGGCUACAUCGAUUAGUGGGGAGUCGUUAUUUUUUACUGCAGUUUAUGGUUCCAAUGAUGAGAUGGAGAGGAGACAGACUUACCGAGAAUUGAUUCAAACAAAGAUUAGUAGAGCUCCAUGGCUAGUGGGAGGGGAUUUCAAUACUGUCCUGAACCUAAGGAAACUUCCAAUAUUAGAGACAGAACAGGGUGUAUGGACGAUUUUAGUAACUGGGUGCCUGUUAUGGAUUUAUUUAAUCACAGAGCGGUAGGGCCUCAAUUUACAUGGUCAAAUAGACAGGUAAACAACACUAUUGCUAAAAAGUUUGAUAGAGCAUUGGUCAAUGAGAGUUGGCUCUACAAGUUUCCUGACUGCAGAGUGGACUUAUUAACAGCUCCUUUUUCUGACCAUUGUGGAAUACUGGUAGCAACAAAACCUUAUAAGAAAUACCUUCCAAUGCC